ACUUCCGGCUCUGCAAGCCAAUGCUCUUGCAGCCAUCGACCGUUCAUAGGGUACUUCCUGUCGCGUGAUCUUGAGGACCAAUGAAAAUGCAUAACUGUAGGCCACGUGCCUCCGUUCCCAUUAGCAACCGGAGGCUUCUAAACAAUUUACUCUCCCUCCCCAUUUUCUGCGGUCCAGCAACCCUUGGUAAUCCCAGGCUUGGCGAGACCUCUCUCCUUUAGGCUACAGACUCCCGCCUGCCGCCAUGGCAGAGUUGGGCCUAAAUGAGCACCAUCAAAAUGAAGUUAUUAAUUAUAUGCGAUUUGCUCGUUCAAAGAGGGGCUUGAGACUCAAAACUGUAGAUUCCUGCUUCCAAGACCUCAAGGAGAGCAGGCUGGUAGAGGAAACCUUCACCAUAGAUGAAGUCUCUGAAGUCCUGAGUGGCUUGCAGGCUGUGGUUCACAGUGAGGUGGAGUCUGAGCUCAUCAAUACUGCCUACACCAAUGUGUUACUUCUGCGGCAGCUGUUUUCACAAGCUGAAAAGUGGUAUCUUAAGCUGCAGACAGACAUCUCUGAACUUGAAAACAGAGAAUUAUUAGAACAAAUUGCAGAAUUUGAAAAAGCAGAAUUCACAUCUUCAAAUAAAAAGCCUGUCAUAGAGACCAUAAAGCCAAAACUUGUUCCACUUAAUGAAGGUGGAACGACAGAACUCCUAAACAAGGAAAUUUCAAGGCUUCAAGAAGAGAAUGAGAAAUUAAAGUCAAGGCUGAAGACCAUAGAAACACAGGCUACAAACGCACUGGAUGAGAAAUCAAAACUAGAAAGAGCACUGCAAGAUUUACAGCUCGAUCAAGGAAAUCAAAAGGAUUUUAUAAAGGCCCAAGACUUGAGUGACUUGGAAAACACAGUUGCUGCUUUAAAGAGUGAGUUUCAGAAGACACUUAAUGACAAGACAGAAAACCAGAAGUCACUGGAGGAGAAUCUGGCAACAGCCAAGCAUGAUCUACUCAGGGUUCAGGAGCAGCUGAGAAUGGCUGAAAAGGAAUUAGAGAAGAAAUUUCAACAAACAGCUGCUUAUCGAAACAUGAAAGAAAUUCUUACCAAGAAGAAUGACCAAAUCAAAGACCUACGGAAAAGACUGGCAAAAUAUGAAUCUGAAGAUUAAAAACUGAAGAUGUCAUCUCGAAGCUGCCACAAUAUGAACAUAUAAGCUCUCUCACCUCAGGCAUGUAUUUUGAAGCAUUUUGUCAUAUUCCGUCUCCUUAUUUUUCUAAUAUUUGGAUUUUGCUUCUAAUAUUUAGAACUAGAGUUCUUACUUUCAGUUGUCUAAUUGAGAAUAGAGAAAACCCCGUGAUUCUGGCCGGUAGUCCCACACACCUGUCUGCCGAGUGCUCCAGAGUCUUAGUUUGCAUGCAGUGAGGAUUCUUUACAAUAAAGAAGAGAUUUUUAGAGUGGGAAGAAGGGUAUUAUCCUUUUGCAUUAGUAUAAGAGUAUAUCUUUUUAACAAAUGUUAAAGAAGCUAAUAAUGUCUGUAUUUGUGUAUUCCCCAAGGGUAAAAAUAAAAAUAGUGUUAUUAAAGAUAAUUUAAAAUAUCUUUUUUACUUUUGAAAUUUAAAUCUUAAUUCAUUUACUCUAUUUGAGUAUCAAAAAAAGUAUGAAUUCAUUGGAAAUGUUAACACUAUUAUGGGCAGCAUAUUUACCAAUUAUAAGGAAAAGUAGCAGCAGUGAACCUAAGGAUUCAGUUAACUUCUUAAAUGUAAUCCAUCAGAGGAGGUUCAGACAUUUUUUGCAGCAUGAUUUAUGAGUUUGUAUUGCUGAUGGAGAAGUCAGAUCCAUCCUGUACUUAUGCAGUUUAGAAAGUAUUAUAUCUGGUCUCAGAAUAAAUGUAAUCUUUAUGUUUGUUUCCAGAAUAUUCUUUUAAAUUACACAUUAAAUAAGAACACAUUUAAAGAUACUUAUACUCAACAUAAAAUCAGUUAGCAGACCUCAGUUUGGACUUUUGAUUAUAGUUUAUUUAUGUGCAUCUACAGUAAUUAAUUGCAUUCUUAGGAGGUUUUAAAUAUAUUUCCAUUGGUGUCCUGCUUUUUCUCAGGUGAUUUGGGAUAAAUCAUUAGAAAUUGGGCAUCAUAUCUGCAAUUGUGUAAUGCAAUGGUAUACUAUAAGGAUAAAUAAAAUCAAGUCCAUAAAGCAGUAAUCCCUCAGAACAAAAGCAUUUACUCUUUAUACAUUAUAUUUAGUAAUUUUUCCCACUUCUAAAAGUAAGAGUGUCACACCCAAAAUGAACAUUGUCUACUAAGACAUUCCACUUCCACCAAUGAAGAUUUUAUUCCUAGAGAAGACUUUACUGAUCAGAGUAUAAGGCUCAUUAUUAUUUUUAUUCAAGCUUUUAAUAUUAGCCUUAAAUUUAUUGUUUUUCUUAUAGGCUUUAUGUUAAAAUAUUGAGGAAUAAAUGAUAAAGGCUUAGAUAACUUCCCUCCAAGAGGACACAGAAGGCAGCCUUAAGAAGGUGAAUCAGAGAUGGGAGAGAAUAAAAUCCAGUGACAAGCCA